AUGCAUUCGUUUUUACUCGCAGUACUGGGCCUGAUGGCAACAUCAUCAUUCGCGGCUCCCGGGUUAGCCGCUCAGGAGGGCAUCAGUGCUUUCGAUGCCAUGGCCAAGUCGAAAUCAGUACCUCUGGGAUAUGUCCACAUCGCGGACGACGGAGUGGCACGAGCUUACGACGAGAACGAAUCUGUUAUUGACUAUGUUCCCUUGACCAAUGACCAGCUUAAGCACCUGCUCAAGAACCUUCCAGAAGCAUGGAAGAAGGAAGCAGAUCAUUUACACGCUGUUUUCGAUGGCGUCGACGGACGUCAAGUUACGGAUGAAAAACAAUUGCUCGACCCUCCUGCUGAGCUUCGAAGUCAGAUGAAUCGUCAGGCACCCCAGUCUAAGCGCGAAGCCAACCCUCUCCAGCAGGCCGACUGGUACUGCAAAGACGAAGAGGCAUCGAAGGCCAUCCCAUCCCUGAAACAAUCGCCAUCGCUCAAAGGCCUCAACCACCUUGCUACCGACGGAGUGUACCGCAGUUUUAGCUCGAGUGGCGAGGUAGUAGAUUAUAAGCAAUUAAGCCCCGCGGAAAUUACAAUGAUGCUGGAGUUCCAUGAAAAAUACAUGGACUCAGAGAUCUUUCAGAAGACUAAGAAGAAAUUUGACGGUGUGGAUGGCAGAAAUGUGACUGAUUUGGAGCAACUGCUUCAUCCAGGACCAGAACUUCGUCCAGUGAGAUUUAGAGAGUGA